AUGGAGCAGAUCAUCCGGAAGCAAGAGCUUCCCUACACUGCCAUGCAGCCCACUAGCAGGACUCAGGCCUCUCCGGCUCGCUCUUUUCUGCGUGCUGCCGCUGCUGAUGAGCUCCAUGACCUUCUCUGUGUCGGUUUUGGCCCUGCCUCCCUCGCAAUUGGUAUUGCUCUGAACGAUGCCAUGGACCCCGCAUUGAACCGUUCAACCCCCGGAGCUGCCUUCAAGCCUAAGGUCUGCUUCCUGGAGCGUCAGAAGCAAUUCGCCUGGCACUCUGGUAUGCUGGUCCCCGGUUCGCGCAUGCAAAUUUCCUUCAUCAAGGAUCUGGCUACCCUCCGCGAUCCUCGCAGCAGCUUCACUUUCCUGAACUACCUGCACAACAAGAACCGUUUGAUCCACUUUACCAACCUGGGUACCUUCUUACCUGCUCGUAUCGAGUUCGAGGAUUACAUGCGCUGGUGCGCGAACCGAUUUGAAAAUGUCGUUUCUUACGGCGAGGAGGUUGUUGAGGUUGUUCCUGGAAAGACUACCGAUGGUGUUGUGGAUUACUUUGUUGUGCGCUCGCGCAACACUGAGACUGGAGAGAUCUCCUCCCGCCGUGCUCGCAAGGUCGUAGUUGCUCUUGGUGGUAAGGCUAAGAUGCCUCCUGGUUUCCCUCAGGAUCCUCGCAUUAUGCACUCCUCCAAGUACUGCACUAUUCUCCCCAAUGUCCUGAAGAACCCUUCCGCCAACUACAAGAUUGCCGUUGUUGGCAGCGGCCAGAGUGCUGCAGAGAUCUUCCAUGACUUGCAAAGACGCUACCCCAACUCAAAUACCACAUUGAUCCUGCGUGAUACUGCUCUGCGACCCAGUGAUGACUCUCCUUUCGUCAAUGAAAUCUUCAACCCCGAGCGUGUGGACAAGUUCUUCCAACUCCCCGUCGAAGAGCGCAAGAAGCGCAUCGCAAUCGAAAAAGCCACAAACUACUCCGUCGUCCGCCUGGAACUCAUCGAGGAAAUCUAUAACACAAUGUACCUCCAGCGCAUCCAAAACCCUGACGAGAAGCAAUGGCAGCACCGUAUCCUCUCCGAGCGUGCCAUUGGUCGCAUCGAGCACCACAACCCUGCCUCACGCAUGCGCGUGCACGUGAAGUCAAUUAAGGAGGAUAGCAGCGAGGGUAAGGAGGUGGUGGAGGUGGAUGCCAUGAUGGUCGCAACUGGAUACCUGCGUGAUGCACACGAACAGCUCCUGGAGCAGGUUCGUGGUCUUCGGCCUGCUGGUCAGGCUACCUGGACUCCUGGUCGCGAUUACCGUGUGGAGCUUGAUGGUGCUAAGGUUAGCCGCGAUGCGGGUAUCUGGUUGCAGGGCUGUAACGAGAAGACCCAUGGUCUGAGUGAUUCCUUGCUCUCGAUCUUGGCGGUUCGUGGUGGAGAGAUUGUGAACUCGGUCUUUGCGGAGCAGUUGUCCGGAACCUCGGUGCAGGACACUCGGGUGCGUGCGAUGCUGUAA